AGUUGCAUAGAAAAAACCUCAAACCAGCACCAAAAUGGUAACGGGAGGAUCGCACGGGCACAGAGCGCCGAGGCUCUUCGGUAGGGAGAGGCCUCUCCAUUCCGUCCUAGGUGGACGCCAAGCGGCGGACAUCAUCCUGUGGAGGCGGAAGGAGGUGUCGGCGUCAAUCCUCGGCGCGGCGACGGCGGCGUGGGGCCUGUUCGAGGUGGCGGAGUACCACUUUCUCACGCUGGUGUGCUACGCGGCCAUGAUCGCCAUGGUCACCUUCUUCCUAUGGACCAACGCAUCCGCGUUCCUCAACUUGCCUGUCCCAAGGAUCCCGGAGAUGGUCCUGUCAGAGAGAACCACGAGGCAGCUGAUCCUGGGCCUGCACAGGAGGCUCAACUGGUUCGUGCACAAGCUUUACAACAUCGCUUGCGGACAGGACCUGAAGAUGUUCAUCCUGACGGUAGUGUCUCUGUACAUCGGGUCAGUGUUCGCCAGCUGCUUCACCUCCCUCACCCUGCUCUACAUCGUUGUGUUUUUCACCAUGACGGUGCCAGCGCUGUACGAGCGUUACGAGCACGAGGUUGACCACCUGGCUGCGAGGGCUGGGCACGACUUCCGGACCCACGUCGCCCGGAUGGACUCCGGCGUGCUCAGGAAGAUCCCCAGAGGCAAAGGGGCUACCGCUGCGCACAGGACGACGACGACGACCGAUAUCCAUGGGUGGCACCGCUCACAGGCUAGCUAAACCGAGCCAAAGAUUCACCUGGUGAAUAAGCAAUCAAGCGGCUGUACAUGGCUAGAGCUGCAGAUAUACAUACAUGUAGGUUCAGAAUAAGACCUCGACCACAACACGCUCUACAUGGAUGGAUGUCAUCGAACCACACGCUGUUCAAGAUGUUAAGAGGUGCACACAUGUACUUAGUGUAGGUUCAGAACAAGACCUGAAUCGAAAAGAGAUACGCCGAUGUGGCAAAUAUAUAUAAUCAUGCU